CUCUCAGCGCACUCGGCUGUGGAACGCGCUGACGGUAACAUCCGCCUCCAGGUGAGGUCAAACGCAGCGGAACAGGGAAGAGCAUUGUUGACAGGUGGACGGAGGAAAAAAAAAAAAAAAAAAAACCAAACAAAAAAAUAUAUAUAUAAAUAUAUGUAUAUGUUAGACGUGCGACGGUGGGAGAGAUGGAUUUGAACAAAACGGUGUUAUGUGAGAGCCUGAUUAUUUGGUUGCGAACCUUUAACACUGCAGCACCAUGUACGACAGUGGAGGAUCUGACCACAGGUGCUGCCAUGGCACAAGCUCUGCAUCAGAUAGAUCCGUCCUGGUUCAAUGAUAGCUGGCUGAUACGUAUUAAGGAAGAUGUUGGAGAUAACCUGAGACUCAAGUUGAACAACCUUAAAAAGAUCUUGCAGAUGAUUGUUGAUUACUAUAAUGAGGUCCUGAAUCAGCAGAUGUCAGGCUUCCCCCUGCCUGAUGUGGUGCGUGUGGCCGAACUCUCUGACCACGUGGAGCUCGGACGCCUCUUGCAACUCAUCCUCGGCUGUGCGGUCAAAUGUGAGAGGAAACAAGAUUAUAUCCAGAUCAUAAUGACCCUGGAGGAAUCUGUGCAGCAUGUAGUCAUGACAGCCAUUCAGGAGCUAAUGAGCAAAGAGUCCAUGGCCCAGUUUGGGACAGAGCCACAGGGGGAUGUAGAACAGCAGCAGCUGAAGAAAGCUCUGCAGGACUUGACCGAGCUGAUGGCAGAGAAAGAUGAGCUAGCUCAACGCUGCCAAGAGCUCGAUAUCCAAGUGGCAAUUCUGCAGGAAGAGCGGAAUAGCCUCCUAGCGGAGAACGAUGUACUGACAGAUCGAGCCAGUCAGUUGGAUUCCCUUGAUGAUCCCAGCACUCCAUCAGGGAAGAAACACAGUCAGCUCCAGCUGCAACUAGAACAAUUCCAAGAGGAGAACUUCAGACUGGAGGCGGCUAAAGAUGACUACCGUAUUCACUGUGAGGAGCUGGAGAAGCAGCUGGUGGAGCUUCAGCAUCGUAAUGAUGAACUCACCAGCCUGGCCGAGGAGUCUCGCUCACUGAAGGACGAGCUCGACAUACUGAGGAGCUGCUCUGACAGGGCAGUGAAGCUUGAAGCCUCUGUGGAGACAUACAGGAAGAAGCUGGAGGAUCUUGGUGACCUAAGAAGACAGAUGAAGGCUCUGGAAGAGAAGAACAUGACUUACAUGCACAACACUGUCAGUCUCGAGGAGGAGCUGCGCAAGGCCAAUGCUGCUCGUGCCCAGCUAGAAACGUACAAGAGACAGGUCCAGGAGCUUCACAGGAAGUUGUCUGAAGAGACUCGCAGAGCUGAUAAUCUGGCCUUCGAGAUGAAAAAGUUUGAAGAAACGCAUGAAGCCUUACUGAAGGAGAAAGAGAGGAUCAUCAUUGAGCGAGACUCUCUAAGAGAGACCAAUGAGGAACUUCGUUGUACACAAGCUCAACAAGACCAGCUUCUGCAAGCAGAAAUGUAUAAGACCGGGAGUCCGAGCCGGGACAACUUGGCAGCUGAGAUGUUGCCCAUCGAGUACAGGGAGAAGUUCAUUCGUUUGCAGCAUGAGAAUAAGAUGCUGCGAGUGCAGCAGGACGACUCCGAGAAUGAGCGUAUCACUGAGCUCCAGAUGCAGCUGGAGGAGGCACAGCGUUCACGCAGUGAGCUAGACACUGAGAACAGGUUGAACAGAGAGCGCAUCAGUGAGCUGCAGCAGCAGGUUGAAGAUUUGCAGAAAGCCCUACAGACCCAGGGAGCCAAACCUGAUGAUUCUAACUUGAAGAGGAAGCUGGAUGCUCAUAUGGUGCAACUAAAUGAAGCACAAGAUGAGAUCAUGAAGAAAAAGGAGCUACUGGAGGACCUACAGCCAGAUGUGUCUCAAACCUCAGCACUGAAGGUGGAUGAACUGAUGGCUGCUCUGAAGAAGAAGGACGAUGACAUGCGGGCGAUGGAGGACCGAUACAAAAUGUAUCUGGAGAAAGCGCGCAAUGUGAUCCGAGCACUGGACCCAAAAUUGAACCCAGCCUCAGCUGAGAUCCAGUCCCUGAAGCUCCAGCUGUCAGAGAAGGAGAAGAGAAUAAUUGCUCUAGAGAGAGAGUGUGAGCAGGCUAAGCUGAGAGAGUAUGAGGAGAAACUGAUUGUGACUGCAUGGUACAAUAAGAGCCUGAAUUUUCAUAAGCUGGCGAUUGAGUCUCGUCUGAGUGGGUGCUCUAACUCGCUGGUGCCGCCUGGCCAGUCCUUCCUGGCCCAGCAACGUCAGGUGACCAACGCACGACGCACCAUGUCAAUCAACGUGCCUGCCAGCUCCUCCAAGUGAUGACUCGACACCACAUGACACCUAGUUUUCCCUUUUCUCAAAUGCACACUUAAGUGACCUUAAACACCUUGAACUCCUAAAUAAAGGGACAACCAUGCCAUAAUGUGAACGUUAGCACUUAGGAGCCUCACACAUGUACAUACGUGUGUGUGUGUGUAUGUAUACGUGUGUGUGUGUGUGUGUGUGUGUGUGUGUGUGUAUAUAUAUAUAUAUAUAUAUAUAUAU